CCGGUAACAUUUAAAGGGAUGUGAAAAAAAUAAUUUUGUGAGGCAAAAAAAAACUAAGUCCCUCAGAUAAAUAUAAACAGUAAAAACGCGGUGGGGGUGAUGCCGGUGAUGAAUAUUACAAAAUCACGUGGGGUGGAAAAAGUGUCGGUGAUACUGGGGAAAUACGCUAAAUGUCAUUGUGUACCCGAGGGUGGUGUGCCAGGUGUGGUAAGAUUUACCCAAUAAUCAUGUGAUUUGUCAUUUCAUAUAAAUACGUAUAAAUUCGCACUUCAUAACGACUUCAAAAAUGUCGUCUUUUGGAAGAUUUACUUCUACAACGAGUAGCUCUCCUUUUGGUACCGGUUCUACAGCUAGUCCUUUUGGGCAAUCCACCACAACAGGCUUUGGGAAUUUUCCAGCAACAACUGCCCCAGGAUUUGGUGGUAGCUUUGGUUUCGGUGCGCAAUCUUCAACCGCAACAAGACCUCAGUUUGGCUUUGGAGGUUUUGGUCAAACAACACAACCAGCUGCUGGUGGUUUUGGUUUUGGUCAGGCAACACAACCAGCUGCUGGUGGUUUUGGCUUUGGUCAGACAACACAGCCUGCUGCUGGUGGAUUUGGCUUUGGUCAGACAACACAGCCAGCUGCUGGUGGAUUUGGCUUUGGUCAGUCAACACAACCAGCUGCUGGUGGAUUUGGAUUCGGACAGUCAACACAACCAGCUGCCGGUGGAUUUGGAUUUGGUCAAACUACUACAACACAACCGACUGGAUUUGGAUUCAAUACGUCAAGGCCUAGUGGAUUUGGAUUCGGACAAACCUCACAACCAACAGGAUUUGGAUUUGGACAGUCGACACAACCAGCUGCCGGUGGAUUUGGGUUUGGACAAUCAACACAACCAGCUGCUGGUGGUUUUGGAUUUGGUCAAACGACACAACCGGCUGCCGGUGGUUUUGGAUUUGGUCAAACGACACAACCAGCUGCUGGUGGUUUUGGAUUCGGCGCAACAAGGCCUAGUGGUUUUGGAUUUGGACAAACGACACAACCAGCAGCUGGCGGAUUCGGAUUUGGUCAAGCUACUACAACACAAUCGACUGGAUUUGGAUUCGGUACAACAAAGCCUAGUGGUUUUGGAUUUGGGCAGUCGACACAACCAGCUGCUGGUGGAUUUGGAUUUGGUCAAACUACUACAUCACAAUCGACUGGUUUUGGAUUUGGACAGUCAUCGCAACCAGCCGCCGGUGGAUUUGGAUUUGGUCAAACUACUACAACACAACCGACUGGUUUUGGAUUUGGUCAGUCGACACAACCAGCCGCUGGCGGAUUUGGAUUUGGACAAACUGCUACAACACAACCGGCAGCUGGUGGUUUUGGAUUCGGUACAACAAAACCUGGUGGUUUUGGAUUUAGUGGUUUUGGACAGUCAACCCAACCAACUGCUGGUGGAUUUGGAUUUGGUCAAACGACACAGCCAGCUGCUGGUGGAUUUGGAUUUGGUCAAACCGCUACAACACAACCGGCUGCCUAGUGGUUUUGGAUUUAGUCAAACGACACAACCAGCUGCUGGUGGAUUUGGAUUUGGUCAAACCGCUACAACACAACCGGCUGCUGGUGGUUUUGGAUUCGGUACAACAAAACCUGGUUUUGGUUUUGGACAUUCGACACAACCAACCGCUGGUG